UGGUGUGUCUCACGGUGAGCGAGUUAAUGUUUGCUGUUACCCAGACUCCUCAUUUGCUAGUAAAAUGGUUUGUUGCCCUUCGAAAACAGUGAAAAGGAGCUGCUGGAAUAUGAUCACUUGGUGACCAAGCAGUCACACCUUCUUACUCCACCCCAAACCAAGUCACAAGUCUGGAAUGUAUGGCAACAAUCUCAAGGUUUCUAUGAAUAGAAAGUGUCUCCCCUGUGAAUUUGGGAUCCAACCUGUAAGAACGCGCCCAGCUCAUCCAGACAUGUGGUGGCCUGUGCAGUGCAUGUUGACUAGAGCAGCUAGCAGUGCUCUGAGUGAGUGAGUGAGUGCAAGACACAGACAUACGGUGCAUGAGGUUUUCUAUGAGUAAGUGACCGUCUUUUGCUGAGUCUUAUCUCCAAGAAGAUAUCCAACAAUUACACCCCUAGACAGAAAGUUAGGUUGGUGAAAGCUUCGGCAAGGAGGGCAGCUUCAUGAUGGCCAUGUGACUGAGGACUGAGGAGAAUGGGAAGAAGAACAGAAGAUAUGGAGAGCUUUCAUUGACAUGGACGUAAGGACUGGAUGAUGGGAACUCAGUGAGGAACAUCCACCAGAAGAUUUCUACUGAGGCCAAAUAGAAGUACACAGGCCCUCAGAAUGUUCCAGAGGAAGAAGAAGAAGAGGAAGAUAGAGAUCUCUGCACCCAAGAACUUUGAGCACCGGGUGCACACGUCGUUUGACGCUGUACGGGGCUGCUAUGUAGGACUACCACCUCAGUGGCAGAGUGUCAUAGAAACACUGAGGAGACCCAAGCCUGUGGUAGAUCCCUCCACCGUCACACCUGUGCGGCUCAAGCAAGAGAAGACCAUUGUGCGGGGCAGUUUUAUUGGACAUGGAGACUACAUCGCUGCAGCGAUUGCUGAAAUGACCCGCCUCUCUGUCACCAGCUCCAAUUCGCUCAGGAGGACCAGCCCUUCGCUACGGAAACGAGCGCAGUCCAUGGGCCGCCUCGGUGAGGUGCCCGAAGGGGACACAUAUCAGUAUCAGGAACUAAACAAGAACAGACAGACAAAUGGACAGCCUGUCCUGGACUGGCAUGAAAGAGCACGGCAGGUAUACAGUGAGGGUGGAAGUCCACGGCCUGGCGCCAAAAAGAGCGCCACUCUGCAGCCUAAUGGGUUGCCACCAAGAGCCAAAUCUAUUAUCGAAGUCAGCACGACGUCCAGUGAGCAGCCUCGGCUCAUGCCAAGGGACAUCUUAUGUUCACCUGAAGCGGAUCAAACAGAGAAGUAUUCACACAGUGAGAGAUUAAGGCUUCACCAGCCUGCUCUGGCUUGGAGAGACAGUAAGACCAACCCCAGACCUGUGUCCUGCAUCUACAAUACUCCUACAUUAAACCAAGGGUCAAAGCUCAGCAAUCCAAAUCCAAGGAUGACUCCAAGCCCAGAACUUCCUGCGGGCUCUGUGGACGCCCCUAGGAGGCCCUACUCCACAUAUGACUUGAAGACAAACUCCUUUGGUUUCUCAGCCAUGUCAAAACCUAAUGGCACCAGCAGCCCAAAACCAGGGCAUGGCACACACUCCCACCCACCCCUACAGUCUUCCUCUAGCUAUACAUUAGGUUUUUCUCCUAUCAAAGCCUCAGUGCCACCUAUGCAGAACAGUCCCUCCCAGCCUCGGCCCUCCCCUACUGGCUCUCCUGCCACCAACCUGCCCGGAGCCUCCUCUCCCUGCUUGAGGACUGCUCAACCAGCCACCAUCAUCAGUGAGCAGCCCAAGAUCACCCAUGCACAGUUUAAGGCUGCUCUGCAAAUGGUGGUGGACAAGGGAGACCCCCGCACAUAUCUGGAGAACUUUGUGAAGAUUGGAGAGGGCUCGACGGGUGUCGUCUGCAUCGCACGGGAAAAGCACAGUGGGAAACAGGUUGCAGUGAAGAUGAUGGAUCUAAGGAAACAACAAAGAAGAGAGCUGCUCUUUAAUGAAGUGGUCAUCAUGCGGGACUACAGGCACAAGAAUGUAGUGGAGAUGUAUAAGAGUGCUCUAGUGGAGGAGGAGCUCUGGGUCAUAAUGGAGUACCUGCAGGGUGGUGCAUUAACCAACAUAGUAUCUGAAACCAGGCUGACAGAGGAGCAGAUAGCUACAGUCUGUGAAGCGGUGUUACAGGCUCUGGCCUAUCUCCAUGCACAGGGUGUCAUCCACAGAGAUAUCAAGAGUGACUCCAUACUGCUGACACUGGAUGGAAGAAUCAAGUUGUCAGACUUUGGAUUCUGUGCUCAGAUCAGCAAAGACAUCCCAAAGAGGAAGUCUUUGGUCGGAACUCCAUAUUGGAUGGCUCCAGAGGUCAUUUCCAAAACCCCCUAUGGAACAGAGGUGGAUGUGUGGUCUCUGGGCAUUAUGGUGGUGGAGAUGGUGGAUGGGGAGCCUCCUUAUUUCAGUGACACACCAGUAGCUGCUAUGAAGAGGUUAAGAGAUGAACCAGCACCUUCUGUCAGGAACUCAAGCAAGAUCUCACCAGUGCUGAGGGACUUUUUGGACUCCAUGCUGACCAGGGACCCUCUGCAGAGAGCGAGUGCCAGUGACCUGCUUAAGCACCCUUUCUUGCUGCAGAGUGGCUCCCCGCGCUGCCUGGUGCCGCUGGUGGAGCAGUACCGGAAACGCAUGUCUUUCUGUUGAGCAGUUCAAGCUCAAAUAAUGGAGGUUUAUUUGGAACACUAUAAACUGACUUCCCUGCUGCACAUGUCUUCUGUGACAUACUGCAUUCACACUGGAUUGUGAAGUGCUUCUGCUUGCAGUGAUCUCCAACUCCACCAUAUUUUUUAUGUAUAUACUUUAUGUAUGUCAGUGGUUCCCAAUAAUGGUCCUGGAGUACCACAGAUUCACCUUUUUUUGAUAUUGUCUACAUGAUUCACUGGAACCACUGCCUGUUUUUUGCAACAGUUCAUUAAAGUUAAAUUCCAGAUUUUGGAAUUUAGUUUUGUAAGUAUGAAUAAAAAAAUAAGCAAAUAAAUAUCUCAGUUAAGACAUGCCGUCAUUGUACAGGAUUUUCUGUUUGAUAAAAUAAAUAAAAAUUGAAGCUUAAUGUCUCAUUUC